AAAAAAGUACCGUUCUAAAGGAAAAGAGCUGACUAGAAUCUGCUUACUCUAGCUGCCAAACAACAUGGCUGCGUCCUUCACAAAAUUGCCACUACACACUUCCAUUACUGAGCAUCACUUUCCAAAUCUGGGCAUUCCUAAACUUUAUCAAUCAUCUUCAACAAACCCAAAUUCAUCCCCUCAACAGCCACCUCGAUUUUCACGCCACCUAAAAAUCAAAGCAAUUACAAAACCAAUCGCCAUGGAACCCGAGAAAGUUGAAGCUUCAGCUGAUAAUUCUGGACCCAUGAAGCUCUUGUUUGUGGAGAUGGGUGUUGGUUAUGAUCAACACGGGCAAAAUAUUACAGCUGCGGCUAUGAGGGCUUGCAAAGAUGCCAUUUCUUCCAAUUCUAUCCCUGCAUUUCGUAGAGGGUCCAUACCAGGUGUUUCAUUUGGCGAAAUGAAACUUCAAAUCAAAUUAGGAGUUCCACAUUCUCUCCAGUCAUCCUUGGAUAUUGAAAGGGUCAAGUCCGUCUUUCCUUAUGGAGAGAUUUUAAAUGUUGAAGUUGUGGAUGGUGGAUUAAUAUGCUCAAGCGGUGUAUAUGUUGAGGAAAUGGGAGAUAAGAAUGAAGACUGUUACAUAGUCAACGCUGCCGUUUACGUUGGCUAUUAGUUUCCCAUAUCCCAUUAAUCCUUGUUCUCUCUUCUGUGCUUUUUGAGUGGAGAGAUUCUAAAUGUUGAAGUUGUGGAUGGUGGAUUGAUAUGCUCAAACAGUGUAUAUGUUGAGGAAAUGGGAGAUAAGAAUGAAGACUGUUACAUAGUCAAUGCUGCCGUUUAUGUUGGGUACUAGUUUCUCAUUAAAACUUGUUCUCUCUUCAGCGCUUUCUGAGGUUAGUAUUUAGUUCUUAAUUAUCAUCUAAGCUGGCUAAUUUUUUUUUCCAGAAAACUUUCAAAGUCGGCGACUUUGGAGAAUUUUCACUUUCAAUGAAUAGCACUUUAUAGUAUGUUCUGUGAACUUAUCUCUUAUUUUCCUAAUAUACAUUUCUUUCGAUUUGCUAUA